AAACAAAGCUAUUCAGUAGUCCUACAAAAUAUAUUGGGUACCUCUUCUCUUUCAUCCCCCUCUUUCUCUUAGACAAACGCAGUGUUGUGUAUUACUCUAUUUCAAGUGGAUUUCUUGUGCUUCUAAAUGUGUUUUGGUAACCAACUAAUAAAAACAAGUCUUGGGUUUUGUUGGGGUUUACAUGGAGAGUGGCUUCUGGGUUCUGUCUAUUGAUUACGUACUGUGCCAGACAUUAUUUUGCUUUGGAUUUUUCAAACUUCAACAGUAAAGUUAAUACUAUAUCCAUCCCCACAUGCACUUCAUUUCCCACAUAGUGCUUGGAGCUCCAAAACCCUAAUGUCCGUUUGGGAAUUUCAUGGUGUGGAGGACUGUUGGCUGUGUCUCCUGGGGUGAGUGGGUGCACCCGGGGUCCGUGGGGUUUGCCGCCGCUCAAGCAAAUGGGUUAUUUUCAGAAACGUGGUCCCCACUGCAACUGAGGUCAGAUUUCCAUUUCCAGAAGGUUUUUCCUCGAAAUGUUCGGUAGUUUUGGAUUUAAAGUGGAGGGUACUUAAUCUAGCAGUGUUUAGUUGAGUAGUGAGGAAGGAUUGUUCAGGGUUUGCUAAAGUAGUAGUAGAAGGAGGUGAAAUCUUUCUGUUUUCCAAAAUGAAGUUCAUGAAGCUUGGAUCGAAGCCGGAUCAAUUCCAAAGUGACGGGAACAAUAUCAGGUACAUAGCUACGGAGUUGGCAUCUGAUGUCGUUAUUAGUGUAGGGGAUGUGAAGUUUGAUCUACAUAAGUUUCCUCUUUUGUCCAAGAGUUCCAAGUUGCAAAAGUUGGUUGCAUCCACGAACGAAGGGAAUGGUGAUGAAAUCCACAUUCACGACAUCCCUGGGGGACCCACUGCUUUUGAAAUAUGUGCCAAGUUCUGUUACAGCAUGACUGUCACCCUCAAUGCUUAUAACGUUGUUGCAGCUCGGUGUGCUGCCGAGUACCUAGGAAUGCAUGAGACAGUUGAGAAGGGGAACCUCAUAUACAAGAUUGAUGUUUUCUUAGGCUCUAGCAUUUUCCGCAGUUGGAAGGAUUCUAUAAUAGUUCUUCAAACUACCAAGUCUCUGUUACCUUGGUCUGAGGAACUGAAGUUGGUUAGUCAUUGUGCUGAUGCUAUAGCUUCCAAAGCCUCAGUUGAUGUUUCCAAGGUAGAUUGGUCAUAUACUUAUAACAGGAAAAAGCUCCCGGAGGAAAAUGGGAAUGAUCCUAACUGGAAUGGUGUCAGAAACAGGAUGGUACCCAAGGAUUGGUGGGCUGAGGAUCUGUGUGAGCUUGAAGUAGAUUUGUACAAACAGGUUAUUAGUAAUAUAAACAAAAGAGGGGUAAUUUCUGGUGAAGUGGUGGGAGAAGCUUUGAAAGCUUACACUCUGAGAAAUUUGCCUGGAUUUAACAAGGGUGGUGAUGAUACGUUAAAUGCCCGAUCGAUAGUUGAUGCGAUCGUGUGGCUAUUGCCGGCAGAGAAAGGCUGUGUCUCUUGUAGUUUCUUGUUCAAGUUGUUAAAAGCAGCUCUUUUGGUGGAUAUAGGGGAAGUGGCAAAAAAGGAACUCAUAAGGAGAAUAGGACAGCAAUUGGAGGCAGCUUCGGCAAGUGAUCUUCUGAUACGGGCACCAGAUGGCGAAGCCCUGAUAUAUGACGUCGAGAUAGUCCGUAACAUACUAGAGGAGUUUACGAAGCCAGAUCAGAAUUCUAAAAUUCAAUUAGCAGAAGAGGAUGGAAAUGAGAUUCAGGAGAUAAGAAGGCCUGGGAUUUUGACGGAAGCUUCAAAGCUUAUGGUGGCGAAGCUGGUUGAUGUGUACCUUGCUGAAAUCGCAAAGGACCCUAACCUGCCUUUAGCGACAUUUGUUGAUCUCGCUGAUAUGGUGUCUGGUUGCUCUCGACCGUCUCAUGAUGGUCUUUACCGGGCCAUUGACAUGUAUCUCAAGGAGCAUCCUGGGGUUAGCAAGAGUGAGAGAAAGAGGAUAUGCAAGCUCAUGGACUGCAAAAAACUAUCUGUCGACGCUUGUAUGCAUGCAGUCCAAAAUGAGAGACUACCGUUGCGCACAGUCGUCCAAGUCCUCUUUUUUGAGCAGGUCAGGGCUGCCGCAUCAUCGGGCAGCAGCACUCCGGACCUACCAAAGGGCAUUAAGGAUCUAAACAGCGGGUCCCACGGGAGCUCAAGGUCCGCAACGACCAACACGGAGGAAGAUUGGGAUGCCGUGGCCACAGUGGAGGAGCUCAAGGCCUUGAAAGCCGAGGUGGCGGCCUUACGGCUUGGGGGCGGGAGAAAUGGUGGAGAAGUUAGGCAUUCUAACGCGGAUAAGGCUGCCGCUGGGAAAAUGAAAGGCUUGAUCAUGUCAAGGAAGAUAUUUUCCAAAAUCUGGAGCGGUAAGGCUGGUGGGCAAAGUUGCGAUAAUAGCGGAUCUGAUUCAUCGGAGAGUCACGUCUCUGCCAUCCCGGAAGAAGCUAAUUCCACACCUUCAAGAAACCGGAGGCGUUCAGUCUCAUAGUGAGAGAAACAGGUUGAGGGAUAUGUAUUCUUUGUGGUUGUUUUUGUUUUAUUUUUAUUUUGGGCUGUUCCUAUUGCAUUUGACAAGACUUCAAGUGCAGUGGUAGGGGUAGGAGUUCAACUGUUCAAGGGAGGAGGAGAAAAAAUGAAGCAAAUAGUUUGGAAGAUGAGUUUUGAACUGAAUUUGCAGGGAAAGUCAACCGUGUCAUGGGGAAUUGUUUUGUAGUAAACCCUAACCUUGAAUGAAUAGUGCUUCAUCUUUUGCUGUA